AUGACCUCUGAUACAGCGCCUUUGCCGUCUGGGUCAGCGGAUUCACCAGAACCAACCUCACUCCCCUCCUGCAGUAGUCGGUACAGCAAUUGGCGUCUCUGGGGCCAGUGGGGUCCUCUAGACGCAGAGGUCAAUCGUAAGCGACUCUUCAACAUUCAUCGAUUUCUGAAGGAACGCAUGGAAACAAUCAACCAGGACUCUCCACCUGACUGCGUGCUUCGAGCCAAUGGUAGCAUCUACGACUCCGAGGGGUUUCUAAUCUGCUCUGGUUCUGAGUUUGACUCUCACCAGUUGUCCGCUAUCUCGGCCACAGCGACUAGUCUACGGACAGCAUUGACACGACUGGACAGUGACAUAACCAGCGAUGCGGUACCCCAUCCGGAGACAGGACUCAACAAAUCCCUCCUUCGAAUCGUCCUCUCGGGCUGUGUUGCCACUUCCGUUUACCUUCCCCAUGAUCUCUCUUCACUGUAUGUCCUUCAAACCGGUGAUUGUGGAGCUGUGUUAGGUCGAUUUAUUGGGAGCGAUUCCCGCUGCCCCUCCUUACUAAAUGGCUCUCCAGAAGGUUCAGACUCCACAACAAUGAAGAAUCAUCUUAAAUCCGUGCUCCCUACGGACUGGGAGGCGAAUCUGUUGGUGGCUCCGCAUAAUGCACAGAAUCUUCGGGAGGUUGAAAGGCUGCAGUCCCAGCAUCCUAUUCAUGAGGCAUCGCUUAUGAUUGUUGAGGACCGACUACUGUGUGAACUGAUACCCUUACGGGCAUUUGGUGAUAUUCGCUACAAGAUGCCCUCCAAGGUGCUUAAAAAUAUCGCCAAACUUUGUGGUCUACCUCCCAGCUAUCCUGUAACACCGCGUUUCUACACGUCACCACCUUACCUCUUUGCUACCCCACAGAUUGUCUGUCAUCGGCUAGACCGCCGUCGUGAUCGGUUCAUUGUCUUGGCGUCGGAUGGACUCUGGGAUAUGCUAACUCCGCAUCAGGCUGUCUGUGUUGUGGCACAACAUUAUCUGGACUAUCAUGGGAAUCCCUCAUUGGCCGGUUACCGAGACACAGCAGCCAGCCGUUUGAUCCGAACAGCUCUAGGUGGAAGAGAAAUGGAUACUGCUCGAAUUGCUAUGCACUUGUCAGUGCCAGCAAACGUCGCACGGUUCUAUCGAGAUGACAUCACAGUCCAAGUCAUCUAUCUUAAUCCCUAA